AUGUACGGUCUCCUUAUUGUGGGCGUUCAACACUUUAUUGAAACCUAUUACGGUCAACAUGUUUGGCCCCUCGUGGUGGCUCGUGCUGGUCUGACAACACUGGAUUAUCAAACGCAAAAAAUCUAUUCCGAAACUAUCAUCGAGCGGCUAAUGGUGGCUUUGAGCCAAGAGACUGGUCGGAGCGUGGAAGAAUUGCGUUAUCAAAACGGAUUAUCUUUUGCUGCGUUUACCGUGGAGUAUGGCUACGAGAAAUUGUUGCGUGUUCAGGGCCGAAGUUUUAUACACCUCCUGCGCAAUUUGGACAAUCUACAUGAACAUCUGCGUUUUUCUUAUCCGAAGAUACGACCACCAUCGUUCUUCACUGUCACGGAAACAGUUGAUUCGAUAAAACUGGUCUAUUCUUCAAAACGAGUGGGCUAUGAGCAUUAUGUCCGAGGACAGUUGGUCAAUUUGGCCAAAAGAUUUUUCAACCUUAACAUAACCGUCACACUCAUUUCUCGACGGAUGGAAGGAUUGGUGCAUCACGUAAUGUAUGAAAUCACCCAUGAUGGAAAAACCUGGGGUCUUCCCGGAGGUGACUAUACGCAGACAACAUUGCCCACAUGGAGCCCAACUUUGCACAGUGAUGAGUUCUUUGGCGUUGUCUCAUUUUUUAUCCUAAUCACCCCAACCAUGAUAAUUCAACGGGCCAGUGAGUCCUUUAAUCGAUUCGACAAUGAACUGGAAGGCUCUGUGUUUAGUGAAAAGUUCCUGAUCGGACGACCAUACAUCAACGCAACUUUCGAAGAAGGUCUGAAACAAUAUCUGACCAAAGCAUUUAGCGAGGAACUCUGGUGGAGCGCAAUCCUUCAUGUUACUGGAAAACGGAAAGUGAUACAAACACGGCAGAUUUACCCGGAAUCUUUGUUACCGCGACUCGUUUCAUACGUAUCUGAAAUCACUGAUUUAUCAGAAGAUGAUAUAUUUUUUGAAUACGGUUGUUUCUUCACGCACUACCUCACCGAUUCAGGAUAUUACAGUUUACUUCGAGUUAUUGGCGAGGGAUUCCCACAGUUCAUGAAUGAGCUAGACGACUUGCAUUAUCAUUUGCAGUUCAGUUAUCCUCGGAUAAAACCGCCUUCUUUCGUUGUUGCAGAAAUGACAGACACCCCCUUGUUUUUUGUCUAUGUGAGCAACCUGACCGCAAUUGCAGCCUUACUGUACGACCUUGAUGUUGAGGUGGAAAUAACUGACUGUGUGAAAGAGCUAACUACGCACAAAUAUAUAUACCGGAUCACAAACAAAGGGGGAGAAUGGCCAAAAGGAAAGUGCAAAGAUAUAGACAAAACGCAGCAUGAUUCGAGUGCGUCUUUGCAUAUCUGCAGCCAGCCUUUCUUCCGGCUCUUUCGAUUUCACUUGUUAUUCACAGAGAAUCUAUACAUUACAAGUGUUGGAGAAGGUUACAACCAAUUUGGAGCAGUUGUUGUCGAAAAAUUACUCACGGAUAUUUUUUUUCUGCAUCGUCCUAAGAUUGAUCUAACCUUCUCGGAGAUAAAACUACAUCGCCACAACACUUUUGAAUUGGUCCUCGUCUCGGAUGUAAAUCUUCAAAAAAAUGCUGGACGUGGUGUUUCACUUUCACAAGCUGCGUGCAAAUUCAAAGGACAGAUGUGUUAUAUUGAAGAAUGGAAUAUGAUAUUGUUUCUUGGAACACCUGUUGGGGCACACCAAUCACAUCGCUCAAGUGUGAACACUUUCGCCUGUUCAGACGUGAUAAUUCAGAUGCGUCCAACUUGUGUUGGUUCAGUAGUGGUUACACGCUCGCCUCGCAUGUCAGGUGUUCGGAGUUCAAAUCCCGGCACGGCCAUUGGAUACGCACUGCUGAUGAGCUCUAAUAAGAGCGAACUCGAGUCCAGUGCUUCCCUUUGGUGUGGACUCACCGGAAUAAUUACGCCAGAACAGGAACACGGUCGUUCAAACGAGAGUGGUGUGGCUAUGAAUAAACGUAGACGACUGAGGGACACAAAGCAGCUGGCCGAUUGUGGUCUUUACAUCAGUGACCUUAACUUGUUCGAUCGAAGUCGUGACAUAAUCCUGAGCGGCGAUCAGCAAUCCGAUGAACUGAUGAAGCUUUUCAAGAAGCAACUGGAAGAAAGUAAACAGCUAGAGAAGAGCAUGAAACGCGUGGAGAAAAUGCGCAAGAUAACAGACGAACUGCUGUAUCAAUGCAUUCCCAAAGGUGUUGCCCAAAAGCUGCGAAGUGGCACACCUGCGCUUGAAACAAUUCAGACGUUUGAAUCCGUUAGCGUGUGUUUCACGAAAGUGGUGAACUUUGGAGCCAAAUGCAUGCAAAUCAGUGUGGAGGAGGUGAUCCAAUUAUUGAACAAUAUGUACACGAUAUUCGAUGCACUGACAGAAUCACACAAAGUCUACAAGGUGGAAACCGUUGGGGAUAGCUACAUGUUGGUUUCAGGUGCACCUCAGCGAACACCAAUGCAUGCAGCGCAUAUUACUGAAAUGGCGAUGGAAAUGAUUGUCGCUACACAGCAUGGCUUAUCCUGGCCUCAAACAGCUCAAAAGAGUGCAAAUGAAAGAAGACAUAGUUUGACCGAACACGUACAGUUGUUCGUGGGAUGCAAUACCGGUCCUAUCGUUGCUGGUGUGGUUGGCUACAAAACACCCCGCUACUGUCUGUUUGGUGAUACAGUGAAUACAGCCAGUCGAAUGAUGAGCACGGGUGUGCCUGACAAGAUUCAUGUGAGCAAUUCAUUUGCUGAAGCACUAUCUAAAUACCCUUAUAUCGUGGAGCUACGUGGGAAAACCGUGGUUAAGAUGAUCAUUAAUCAACACGACUCUAUGCAGCGUUGCACUAUUUCGUAUUACUUGUUUACGUCACAGUGA